UCAAAACCGCCCUGCAAGUCUGACAGACGCACGGUCCGAAUGGAGCAGUAAGUGAGCCAGGCAGGCAUCGUGUCUUAUAAUAAGGAGUUCAUGGAGAAUCUUCCAUUCGUUCUCCGCGGCGUCUCCAUGAGCAGCAGCUCGGCGCGCUGCAAGGAUGCGCUCCGGCUGGGGCUGCCCUUCCACAUGGAGCAGGGUUUCCACUGCAGGAGAGUCCCCUGCUUCUCCUUCCACGCUCCUUUAGACAUGUACGAGUUCUCCUUUGAGCCUGCUUUCAUCCAGAAGCGCAACGAGCGCGAGCGCCACCGGGUGCGCUGCGUUAACGAGGGUUACGCGCGUCUGCGGGAGCACCUGCCGCGGGAUUUUGAGGACAAAAGGCUCAGCAAGGUGGAAACGCUUCGAGCGGCCAUUGACUAUAUCAAACAUCUGCAAGGUUUGCUAGACGUGGACGUCUCUGGGGGGGAGAUCUCGUUCGGACAGGAGAGAAGUAGCGAGCGGAGGAGAGAAAUCAGCAGUGAUGGAGAGUCCAAAACCAGCAGCGGGGACAAUGUUUACUGAAGACUUCCUAUUCAAACAUCUGCUUAAAACAAGAAAAGCAGAAAGAAAAAUGCUUACAAUAAUCUGUCGAUGAACAAAUAUACCUUAAAAUUGAGCAAUAUAACUUUAAAAGUACUUAUGAAACAGAUUUGCCACCAUAUUUUGAACAUUUAGGGUAGGUAUAUUUGUGUUUUUGUAUUUGAACA